AACAGCUGUUUCUUCCAGGAAGUCCAAGGCUCGUUGUUUUCACGUGCACCCAAAAGCAAAUUUCCCCCAAUUUAUAGUUUUUAUUCUCUUAAAAAGACUGUAACGAGUGUUUUCAAAACUACACUUGUAGUGAGGUUUUGAUGGCUGAAACGAUAAAUACAGAGAAUGAAGGCGACGACCUGCAGUCACAAAUGGAGGAGGUGGAGGCUCUGUCGUCCAUCUACGGUGACGAAUGGUGUGUCAUCGACGAGGCGUCCAGAAUAUUUUGCAUCAAGAUAUCAAACGACGUGGAGGACACUAAACUGACAGCGUGUUUGCAGAUAAUUCUCCCGCCUGAUUAUCCCAGCGCGGCCCCGCCAAUCUACCAGAUCAAUGCGGCGUGGCUGCGGGGCUCUGAGAGGGUUCGAUUGGCCAACAGCUUGGAAGACCUCUACGUGGAGCACGCGGGGGAGAGCAUCCUCUACAUGUGGGUGGAAAAGAUCAGGGAGUUCUUGCUCGAGAAAGCUCAAGAUUCAGAAGCAGUUGCACAGUCAAAGAAGGUGACCCUCACUGCGGAGGAGGAUGUGGAUGACGAAGAUAUGCCAGACUUCGGAGGUCUCACGCUGAGCGCGGAGGAUGUACAACAUUUCCUGCAACAUGCAAAUGGUACAGACAAGGCCACUCUCAACGAAGAGGUGCCCCCGAUCAAACACGGGAGCUGCAUCACAGACCGCCGCAGCACCUUCCAGCCUCACCUUGCCCCCGUGGUGACCCCCAGUCAGGUCAAAGCCGUGCUAGAGCGCCUGUACGACAACAAAAAGAUUGCCAGCGCCACUCACAACAUCUACGCAUACAGGAUCUACUGCGAGGACAAGCACAGCUUCCUGCAGGACUGCGAGGACGACGGUGAGACGGCGGCAGGUGGCAGGUUGCUCCAUUUGCUGCAGAUUCUGGACGUGCGUAAUGUGCUAGUGGUGGUGUCCAGGUGGUACGGAGGGAUUCUGCUGGGUCCUGACCGCUUCAAGCACAUUAACAACUGCGCUCGAAGCAUCCUGGUGGAAGAAGGAUACACCGCCUCAUCGGAGGACAUUGCCAAAUCAGUAGGGAAGGCAAAGCGACUAAAAGGAAAGAAGACAAAAUGAUUGUCAGAAAAAAAGGACUUUAAUCAGGUGCUUUUGGUUGUUUUAUGUAAAUUGACAAUGCCUAUAACAUUUCAUUUUCAGCUUUUCUAUUGAAACAUAUUUGUGUUUGAGAGGAGCAGGAUAAAAUUUACCCUGUAGUGUGAUGGCACACUGAAAACAAAAAUGGGGAUUUUAAUUGGAAAAAUGUCAUCUCACAAGAAUAAAGUCCUAUAUUUUAUCGAAUGAUUUCAUGAAAAUGGC